UGUUUGUUCUUUACUCAUAUCAUACACAAAUUUCAUAUCUACAAAAUUGCUAUGGCCAGUUACUUCCUCAAAAUACUGUUCGUAGUGUUUGUGUGCCUUCUGCAUAUCAAAGUAUCCGUUCUUGGACUCAACUCAUCUUCAGAGAGUUCAUAUGUGAAAUGCAUAGAGAGGGAGAGACAAGCACUCCUCAAUUUCAAACCAAGUGUCCAACAUUACCAUGGCAUGCUGUCUACAUGGAGAGACGAUGAAAAUAACAGAGAUUGUUGCAAAUGGGAAGGUAUUGAAUGCAACAAUGAAACUGGUCACGUACAGAUGCUUGAUCUUCGUGGUUCAGAAUCGCAUUAUUUGUCAGGUUCAUUUAAUAUCACUUCACUGGUUGGCUUACAAAAAUUGGAAUAUUUGGAUCUCAGCUCUAAUCAUCGUUCCAUUGGAGGUCAAAUUCCACCAUCCAUCGGCUCCUUUCAAAGGUUAAGAUAUCUCAAUCUAUCACAAUCAUUUUUCAAAGGUACAAUUCCCUAUCAACUAGGAAAUCUCUCAAAAUUAGAGUAUCUUGGUCUUAAAGGAAUUGAUCUUUAUGGAGAAAUUCCUUCUCAACUUGGAAAUCUUUCGAGUCUGCAAUAUCUUGAUCUAAGUGCCAAUUCUGACAUCCAUGGAGAGAUUCCUCCUCAAUUUGGGAGUCUGUCACAUUUGAAGUAUCUUGAUCUUUCAUACAAUUUUCAAAUCUAUGGAAACAUUCCUUAUCAACUUGGAAGUCUGUCACAUAUGAGGUAUCUCGAUCUUUAUCUAACUCGACUUUCCGGAGCACUGCCUUUCCAGGUUGGAAAUCUUCCUCUCUUGCAUUCUCUUAGACUUGAUGGACAUGGUGAUAUUUCAUCUUCGUUUCCUUCUCAAUCCAACAUUUCCACUUCACUUUCCAUCCUUGAUCUCUCUGAUAAUAUACUGACGUCAUCAACAUUUCAGCUGUUGUCCAACUAUAGCUCUAAUCUCCAAGAGCUUCAUCUUUUUGGUAAUAACAUUGUCUUGUCAUCUCCUCCCUAUCCAAACUUUCCUUCUCUUGAGAUCCUUGAUCUCUCUUUUAAUAAUCUAACUCAAGCAUCAAUAUUUCAAGGAAAUCUCAACUUCAGCACCAAACUUGAAGAACUUAUCUUGACUGAAUGCGGCCUCACUGAUAAAAGCUUUCUUGUGUCAUCUGCUUACAUUAAAAAUUCUCAUUCCCUUGUCACCCUUGAUCUCUCGGAUAAUCUAUUGAAAUCAUCCGUUGUAUUUCAUUGGCUUUGCAACUUCACUGUCAAUCUUCAAAGUCUUUACCUUGAUAAUAACUUGUUAGAAGGUCCCAUUCCAGACGGAUUCUGGAAAGUAAUGACCUCUCUCAAAUAUCUUAAUCUCGGUUCUAACAAACUAAAAGGAAAGAUUCCAGCAUCCUUAUGGUUUCUUUAUCAGUUGAAGCUUCUUCGCCUUAACGAUAAUUACUUUGAGGGUGAUAUCAAUGAAUUGCAACUCACAAAUUUGUCCCAAUUGGCAACACUAGACUUAUCAGGCAACUCAUUGUCUCUAAAGUUUGCUACCACAUGGACUCUACCCUUCCAAUUAUUUCAAUUGGGCCUAGCUUCUUGCAAGUUGGGUCCUAGCUUUCCAAGUUGGCUCCAGACUCUAAGUCAGCUUGAAUUUCUGGAUAUUUCUGAUGCCGGAAUCGAUGACUUUGUACCAGAUUGGUUUUGGAACAAGAUACAGUUUAUAAGUGACGUGAAUAUGUCUUACAACAGUCUCAAAGGUGUGAUACCGAAUUUAACGAUGAAGUUAAUGCACUACGGUCCAGAUGCAAUAAUUCUAAAUUCAAAUAAACUUGAAGGUGUAAUUCCUACAUUUUUGUCACACGAUCGCACGUUAGAUCUCUCAGGCAAUAAGUUUUCAGAUAUAAAUACACUUUUGUGCAGGAAUAGAGUAACAAACUAUAUGGAGACUUUGGAUUUAUCAAAUAAUCAAAUAGCAGGACAACUACCGGAGUGUUGGGAACAUCUAAGUUCACUACGAUUUCUUGAUCUAAGAAAUAAUAAAUUAUCUGGAAGGAUUCCACAGUCCAUGGGUACUCUUGUUAACUUGCGGGCUCUGGUCCUACGAAACAACAAUUUAAAUGGAGAACUGCCACUCACAUUGAAAAACUGUUCUAGCUUAGGUUUCUUGGACGUGAGUAAAAAUUUGUUGUCUGGUCCAGUACCUUCUUUGAUUGGGGAAAAUAUGCAACAAUUGAAAAUCUUGAGCAUGCGAAUAAAUCACUUCUUUGGAAGUGUUCCUGAACAUCUCUGCUAUUUGAGUCAAAUUCAAGUGUUGGACCUCUCAAGGAAUAACUUGUCAGGAGAAAUGCCAACAUGUCUGAGAAAUUUUACCACAUUGAUGGAAUGGAGUGUAGUCCCAAGGGAUAUUGUGAGGAAACGAAAAAUUUCAACUCAAGAAUCUUAUGUCGAUAUUUAUGACUCUUAUUUGUCAUUGGCAUGGAAAGGUCAGGAUUAUGAGUUUUGGGAGCCAGAGAAUCUUCUUAAGAGCAUUGACCUCUCAAGCAACAGGUUAACAGGUGAAGUACCGAAAGAGGUUGGAUAUUUAGUUGGAUUGGUUUCUUUGAAUUUAUCAAGAAACAACUUUCAUGGAGAGAUUCCUUCUGAGAUUGGGAAUUUAAGUUUGCUAGAGUUUCUGGACUUAUCAAGAAAUAAUUUGUCAGGCAGUAUUCCUUCCACUCUUUCCAACAUUGAUAGUCUUGGUGUGUUAGACCUAUCAAACAAUAAUCUGAGUGGAAGAAUCCCUUUGGGAAGACACUUGCAAACCUUUGAUGCCUCUAGUUUUGAAGGAAAUAUUGAUCUUUGUGGAGAGCAACUCAACAAAAGUUGUCCAGGAGAUGAGACAGUGCAAGAAACUCAACAACCAGCAAUGGAUGGUGAAGAAGACGAUUCAAUUUUGUAUGGAGGAUUGUACAUGAGCUUGGGGCUAGGUUUCUUUGCAGGCUUUUGGGGUUUAUUAGGAUCAAUGUUACUUUGGCAACCAUGGAGAAUUGCUUACAUGAGAUUCGUGGACCGAAUUAUAGACUAUAUACUUGUAAUGGCUGAACUCAACGUUGCCAAGUGCCAUAGGUGGCUAAAAGGAUAUCCACACACACUUCUUCGUUUUUCUCCACCGAGAUUCAACCACGACCAAAACAGAUCCUGUCUCCGUCGCCUCGCCGCCGCCGUCGAAGGUUGUACCGCCGUCGAAGAUUUCGCCGCCGUCGAAGGUUUCGCCGCCGUCGAAGGUUUCGCCGCCGUUGAAGAUUGUUGCCGUCGAAGAUGCUUUGUGAAAGACUAUGGUAAGCUAGCCAAACCCUUAAACUCUUUAUUGAACAAAAAUGACUUUCAGUGGGAUGAUGCAGCACAAACAGCAUUUGAACAAUUAAAAUCUGUUGUCACAACCUUACCCACACUGGUUGUUCCAGAUUUCACUAACAAUUUGUGA